CUCAUCAAUCAUCGUCAUCUACUUAUUUUCCUGCCUCUUUUUUUCUCGCCAUUUCCCCUCCAGCCAAAAAGGCCAAAGGGAGAGGGUUAUUUAUUGCAAUGCUCGUUGAUGAUAUUAGUUCAUAUGCAUACAGAAUGUUUAAUGGUUGCUGUUUCUAGGUGAGAUUGUUUUUCUGUUGUGUUGAGUUGAGUAGCUAGUAGUUAGAGACCGACUGAGUUGAGUAAAACAAUAAAAAAAAAGAACAGAAGUGAAGAUCAGUUUUCCUCUCUUUCUUUCGUUUAGGGAUAUGAGAGAAAGAAAAAUGGACUUGGAUAACAGGGCCACUCAUGGGCUGCAUACUGUUAAAGAAGAAGAUGUGGAGGGAGACAUUGAAAAUGAUGCCAAAGGAAUACUAAAUUCGUACAACGGUGCUUACAGUACUGAACCCCUCUUGGUGAAAAGGAGGAAUACAACAUCCCAGACUGCCAUUGUUGGUGCCAACAUUUCUCUUAUUGAAAGCCUUGACUACGAGAUUGCUGAAAAUGAAUUAUUUAAACAAGAUUGGAGAUCAAGAAAGAAAGUUCAGAUAUUUCAGUAUAUUUUGCUGAAGUGGGCAUUUGCACUUCUUAUUGGCCUUUUCACAGGACUUGUUGGCUUUUUAAAUAAUAUCGCAGUUGAGAACAUAUCUGGUUUCAAGUUGUUGCUGACUAAUAAGCUCAUGAGAAAGCAACAAUAUUACAAGGCUUUUGCAGCAUUUGCUGGUUGCAACAUGGUGUUGGCGGCUGCUGCUGCAGCUCUAUGCGCUUUCAUUGCUCCAGCAGCAGCAGGUUCUGGUAUUCCUGAAGUGAAAGCCUAUCUUAAUGGCAUUGAUGCUCAUUCUAUACUGGCUCCUGGUACCCUUUUUGUAAAGAUUUUUGCUUCUAUUCUCGGUGUUUCUGCUGGAUUUGUUGUUGGUAAAGAAGGGCCUAUGGUUCACACUGGUGCAUGCAUAGCCUCUUUAUUAGGGCAGGGGGGUUCUCGCAAGUACCAUUUGACUUGGACAUGGCUCAGAUAUUUCAAAAAUGAUCGUCAGAGACGAGAUUUAAUCACUUGCGGAGCUGCUGCUGGUGUGGCUGCUGCUUUUCGUGCUCCAGUUGGAGGCGUUCUUUUCGCUCUUGAAGAAGCAGCUUCAUGGUGGCGGAGUGCUCUUCUUUGGAGAACUUUUUUCACUACAGCAGUGGUUGCUAUAGUUUUGAGAGCUUUUAUGGAAUUUUGCGCUACCGGAAAGUGUGGGCUUUUUGGGAAAGGAGGUCUAAUAAUGUAUGAUGUGAGUUCAGAAAAGGUGCAAUAUAGUGGCCCGGAUGUUUUAGCUGUGAUACUCUUAGGCAUCAUCGGGGGGAUUUUUGGAAGCUUGUAUAACUAUCUUGUGGAUAAGGUUCUCCGUACUUACAGCAUCAUUAACGAAAAAGGUGCUGCAUUUAAAAUCUCACUUGUUAUUGCCAUCGCCCUGCUGACAUCUUGUUGUUCUUACGGCCUGCCUUGGUUCGGGAGUUGCAUCCCCUGCCCUACUCAUAUAACUGUGAGUUGUCCCAACACUGAUGAAUCUGGAAAUUACAAAAGUUUUCAGUGCCCACCUGGUUAUUACAAUGACAUUGCCUCCCUUUUUCUAAGCACUAAUGAUGAUGCUAUUCGCAACCUCUUUAGCGCCAGCACUAAAAAAGAAUUUCGUAUAUCCACUCUCUUCCUCUUUUUCUCUGCUGUUUAUUGUCUUGGCAUUGUUACAUAUGGAAUUGCUAUCCCAUCUGGACUUUUCAUCCCCGUUAUUUUAGCUGGAGCAUGCUAUGGCCGUCUUGUUGGGAGACUAUUUAGAUCCAUCUCUAACCUUGACACCGGUCUCUUUGCCUUACUUGGAGCUGCAUCCUUCCUUGGUGGUACCAUGAGAAUGACAGUUUCCCUUUGUGUAAUACUGCUCGAACUCACUAAUGAUUUAUUGUUGCUUCCCCUUGUGAUGUUGGUUCUCCUUAUCUCAAAAACCGUGGCUGAUAACUUCAACAAGGGUGUCUAUGACCAAAUUGUGAAAUUGAAAGGAUUGCCUUACAUGGAGGCCCGUGCAGAACCUUACAUGAGGCAUUUGGUUGCACGUGAUGUUGUCUCUAGUCCAUUGGUAACUUUUCUUGGUAUUGAAAAGGUGGGCAAUAUACUGCAUGCUUUGAGGACAACUGGACAUAAUGGGUUCCCAGUGAUUGAUGAACCACCUUUCUCAGAUUCACCAGAACUGUGCGGCCUUGUCUUGAGGUCACAUUUGCUUGUUUUGCUUAAAGGCAAGAAUUUUUCAAGGGAAAGGAUACCUGCUGGUCAAGAGAUCUUGCGUAGAUUUGCAGUAUUUGAUUUUGCUAAAGCAGGAUCUGGGAAGGGUGUCAAGUUAGAGGAUCUGGAUAUUGAAGAGGAAGAGAUGGAGAUGUAUGUAGAUCUUCAUCCAAUUAGCAAUGCAUCCCCGCACACCGUGGUUGAGACAAUGUCACUUUCCAAAGCUGCAAUUCUCUUUCGACAAAUUGGUCUCAGGCACAUGUGUGUAGUGCCAAUAAGUCAAGGGAGACCUCCAAUUGUUGGGAUUUUGACUCGACAUGACUUCAUGCCAGAGCAUAUCUUGGGACUCUACCCUCAUAUCAAGCCUCACAAGUAGACCAAGCAAUCAAACUGAGUGUUUGGUGAGCAGUGGCUGUGUAAUUAUGCUUCAGUAGGGGUUCUUUGUUGGCAGAUGACUGAGUUGUUCGUUGGUCUUUCAACAAGUGAGAUCUUUCAUUAGAGUUGAAGGGGAAGCCUCUUCCUUAAACAUGUAAACAAAUUCAUCACCGCAGUGAAUUCGAGGUCAUUUUACAAUCCGCAAUGUAGAUGUUUAUUCUCAAAACUCUGUGAAACCAUCUCAUAAUCGGGAUGGACACCUUGAAGCUCCAUGAAAGAUAAAUGAUCUCCUAGCGCCCUACACAAUAAAUAGGAAUAUUCACGUCCAUGCAACAGCCAUAUACCUACAUGUGCUUGAUGCUUUGUUUUUACCGUCCUUUUCGUUUUAAUUUUCAAUGGUAUUGUUUAUACAGUUUUUUUA